AUGGAGAACCAGGAGGAACUGGAGGCAGCUUUUCUGCAAUUCUAUCAAGGGCUUCUAAGGACUACUCAUUCAGAUAGAAGGAAAGUGAGUCAUACAAUAUUACAUGAGGGUAUUGUCCUGAAUGGGGAGCAACAACAGCUGUUAAGCAUGGCUUUUACUGGUGAGGAUGUUAGACAGACCUUGUUUGACAUUGAUAAUGAGAAGCUCCUGGAGGUGAUUGAUGUUGUGUUAGACUUCUUUCAAAUAGGAAGACUGUUGAAGCAGGUGAAUGAUACAACAUUAUGUCUAAUUCCUAAGUGUGAUCAGCCAAUAGAUGUCACUCAAUUUCGCCCCAUAGCCUGCUGUAAUGUAUUAUACAAAGUGAUUUCUAAAAUGCUUUGUACAAGGCUCAAGAGGGUAUUGCCUUUUCUGGUGAAUCCAGUACAAAAUGCUUUUAUUGAGGAGAGAGUUAUAUUCCAUAAGAUAUUCCUAUGCCAUGAUAUCUUGAAGCACUACAAGAGGAAGCACCAGCCUGCAAGAUGUACUGUAAAGGUGGAUCUGAAGAAGGCUUAUGACUCCCUUAAUUGGCAAUUUAUUAAAGAGCUGUUGAUUAGUCUGAAGUUCCCAAUGUAA